AUGUUGCAGUUGGAGUGUCCGUCCAAAGGGAAGGAGGUGGCUUAUUGGGGAGCAUUUCGUGAAGGGAAACAGAUUGAUUGUGAGGAUGUGAUGUGAGCUUUUACAUUGUUUUUCUGGCUGUUUGAGAUUAGUUUCGUCUACCCCUUACCGGAUGAACACCUUUCAUCGUAUAACAUGUCUCACGCAGCCUGCGCGGUGCGAAAAGCCUUUAAACUUCUACCGUGCCUUAAGCUACCUAAAGAUAUGUGAAGAUCAGUGAAGAAUUAACGUUUUUGGAGUUUAUUUAUGCUAUUUUCAGGGAUGUAGACGCAAUAAACAUAAUAACCUGCCCAAAAGACUCCUCGUUUCAAUGUUACCAACAACAAGCUAUUAUGCUGUUCGCCGGCCAAAAGGACCUUGAGAUGAUUUGUUACAACAAGGACAAUAUUGAAGUCAUGAAAACUAGCAUUAGUAAGGGAUUUUAGAAAAAAAAUUUUGGGCGGGGUAAAUUUUUAUCUUUUUUGCGGGGUGGAUUUUUUUUGAAAUUUUUGAAAAAUCACAAAAAUUUUGAAUUUUUGGGUAAAAAUUAUUUUUUUAAUUUUUAGAAAUGUCACUAGCCACGGAAUGUCCAAUGGUGAACGAAUGUGAAAAUAUCGAGUAUCCUUCGCCGUUCUGUCAAUGUGAUUAUAUUAAGGACAGUUGUGAAAGAAGUAGGUUUUGUAAAGAAUGUUCUUGCUAUUUUUUGUUUUGUAAAGAAAGUUUUCGCCAUUUUUUACUUUGUAACGAAAGUUCUUGCGAUUUCUAGUUUUGUAAACAAAGUUCUUGCCAUUUCAAAGCUUUUAAAGAAAGUUUUUGCUAUUUUUAUCUUAUAAACCAUGCUUUUAGGUAUCAGUUUCAACCACAAGUACACAGCUAUUGCCAGUGUCAUAGUUGUAUUCCAAGCCUUGGUAUACUUUGCUUUUUACAUACGACGUACCUUUGUCAUACCAGGAUGGAAAGACACCAAAAUGGUCAAUAGUUCUCCGGUUUAUACUCCAGUCCAGACCGUGAACUAUCCUUUUGUUGAGGUUUUGAAUACACAGAACAUUGAAAGAUUGCUCAAUCCUCCUAUUAACAGUGCCACUUUGGAGAUACGAAACGGUCGUAGUAAUGUUCUUCAAUAA